ACCAAAACCAUAGACUUAAUUUGUCUUAAUAUAUUGUUUCCUUGGUGGCUUUAACGCAGACCAUACAACCCAAAAUCUUUUUAUCUUUUUAUCUCUCUUCUUGUCGGUUGAUUCUUCCUUCAGGCAUGGAAGAAAGUUUGAGAACAGCUGCUCGUGUAGGUAAUAUUAGUGAAUUAUAUACACUAAUCCACAGAAACGGAAAUGUUUUGAGGCGUCUAGACAAGGUUGAGUUCAUCGAGACGCCUUUACACAUAGCUGCAGAAGAAGGGUGCAUGCGGUUUGCGAUGGAGAUUAUGAGCUUAAAGCCAUCCUUCGCUAGAAAGCUAAACCAACAAGGUCUGAGUCCCGUCCACCUCGCCGUCGAGAAAGGGCAUAAGGAGAUGGCGGUACGUCUCUUGGAAAUCGAUACCGGUCUUGCUCGAAUCAAAGGGAAGAAUGGGGAGACUCCUCUGCACUACAUUAGUAGAUUUGGAAACAGUGAUGAUCUGUUGGAAAAAAUUUUGGAAGCUUCCCCUGAUUGCAUCCGAGAUGUUUCAAAUCAAAAUCGCACUGCUUUGCACAUGGCAGUGGAAAACAAAAAACUAGACGUCCUCCAAGUACUAAUAGGAACGCUUAGGAAGAAAGACUAUUAUCAAGAAACGGUGAACCGAAAGGACGAAGACGGUAACACCGCGCUGCACUUAGCUGCUAGAUAUAAUCAACUCGAGAUGGUGAAGCUGCUAUUGAACUGCAAAGCAGAUAGGCAAGCCAGGAAUCAGGAUGGUUUGACAGCACUCGAGGUUGCAGAACAACAUAAUAGCAGAGAAAGCAUCACGGUUCUACGCGGUUUCUCCAUUCCAUUUGUUUCAAACUUUUCUUAUCAGGUCGAUAAACAAAUCAUGAAAUACGUGACAAAAGCAUCAUCGUUAAUUUUUCAUGAUUUGGAGAAUACAUCGGAGCAGGACCGCAAUGCUUUACUAGUAAUUUUAGGACUCCUGCUGACUGCUACCUACCAAACAAGUCUUAGCCCACCCGGUGGCGUUUGGCAGACCGACUGUUCUUCGAGCUCCGCUGGUUCGAAACGUAUCGAAGAAAGGGAAUCCCCAGGGAGUAUAGGGACAGUAGUGAUGGAUCAAUACUAUUUCCUUAUGUUCUAUAGUCUAACCUACAUUGUCUUCAUGGUGGCCUUCUUCCUAACACUCGCCCUGCUUAAACCUUUCCCCCGUGGGAUCAGAAAUACGCUUCAAUUACUACUAGCGUUUCUCGCACUCUGCUUCGACCAAUCGAUAUCUACCAUAGCUCCAACCUUCUCAACAGCUAUAAUUCUACGUGCAUUUUCAACGAUCAUUUUUGUUUUCAUGGUGUUCAUGUGCACCUCAUACAAGGUGUCAAAACUUAGUGUUUCGAUCGUCGGAUGUUGGAUAUUCCCUUCGCUUUCGCUCUCCAUUCUUGCCGGAGGAGUAGUUGUAGGUGCAAUUCAAGGAUUCUUGUUAUUCCUUAUCCUAUACGAUGAGUUCUGGAAAGGAACCUUGUUAGUUGUAGUUUACAGUCUAUUUGUUGGUGAGGGUUAUAGAAGUGUCUAUGGCUGGAAAUACCCUGCAGCAUUCAUAGCAUACUGGUUAUUACUUAACGUAUGUCAAUUCUGCAUAAGCGUUGUAUUAAAAGUUGCAACGAUUUUCAAUCUAAUUUUAAUUCGAUCGGUAUAGAUGCUGUGACGACGUUUAGGAGGAUGUGGAUUCAAACACGUUUUAAGAUACAAUAUCCUAAGAUUUAAGGAUCUGUAAAGUCUAAAUAGUUUGAGGGUUGUGUAAAAAUAAUUGUGAUAAUUAAUUAGUAAAAUUAAU